UCCAUCAGUGUUGCCAGGUCCGCAGAUCUGGCAACCCUACACAGAUAUAUCACAGGCAGACAUGACUGACGGGGUCUGUACGUUGAGAUAUGGGUAAUUUUGUAUGUCUGUAACGCCUGGUAGAUUUGACAGAUAUAUGCAUCCGAUGGAUAUGAGGUCGAUUUGCAAGUUAAAUCGAGGCUCUGAUGCAGGCUGUACCAUCACUGUGAACUAACACCCGACAUAUUAAUGCACCGCAUGCACCAAAGUAAUCCAGAAGCUGUCAAAAUGUCUAAAACCAAGAGUUCAGAAACAGUGAAGGUGGUGGUGCGCUGUCGCCCCAUGAACGAUAAAGAGCAAGUUGCCAACUUCGAGAGGGUGGUCACCGUGGAUGUCAAAUUGGGGCAGGUGGCUGUGCGCAACCCUCGGGCUGCGUCCUCCCACGAGCACCCCAAAGUCUUCACGUUCGAUUCCGUCUAUGACUGGAACUCCAAACAGAUGGAGCUCUAUGACGAGACCUUCCGUCCAUUAGUAGACUCCGUACUGAAUGGCUUCAACGGGACCAUUUUUGCAUAUGGACAGACCGGGACCGGAAAAACCUUCACGAUGGAAGGGGUACGAAAUGACCCCGAAAGAAGAGGAGUCAUUCCCAACUCCUUCGAACACAUUUUCACACACAUCUCCCGCUCGCAGAACCAGCAAUACUUGGUUAGGGCUUCUUACCUGGAGAUUUAUCAAGAAGAGAUCAGGGACCUUUUAUCGAAGGACCAAUUGCGCCGUCUGGAGCUAAAAGAGAGGCCCGAUACGGGCGUGUACGUCAAAGAUCUCUCUUCAUUUGUCACAAAAAGUGUUCGUGAGAUUGAGCAUGUCAUGAAUGUGGGCAACCAGAACCGCUCUGUUGGUUCUACCAACAUGAACGAGCACAGCUCCCGCUCUCACGCCAUCUUUGUCAUCACUAUUGAGUGUAGCGAACUGGGUCCCGAUGGGGAGAACCACAUCCGGGUCGGGAAGCUCAACCUGGUCGACCUGGCUGGAAGUGAAAGGCAGAACAAGACCGGCGCACAGGGUGAGCGCUUAAAAGAAGCCACCAAAAUCAACCUUUCCUUGUCCGCUUUGGGUAAUGUUAUCUCAGCCCUGGUGGAUGGAAGGAGCACCCACAUCCCGUACCGUGACUCCAAACUCACUAGACUUUUACAAGAUUCCUUGGGCGGAAAUGCCCGAACGGUCAUGGUUGCCAAUAUAGGACCAGCCUCAUACAACCUAGAUGAGACUUUGACAACGCUCCGCUAUGCCAACCGUGCUAAAAACAUUAAGAAUAAGCCCCGGGUCAACGAAGACCCAAAGGACGCUCUUCUUCGAGAGUUUCAGGAGGAGAUCGCCCGCUUGAAAGAACAGCUGGAGAAAAGAUCUGGGAAGAAGAGGAGAAAGAGGAGGAGGAUGAGGGUCGGAGAGGGAGGAGAAGAGUUGGAUGACGGGGAGGAUGACGAUGAGGAGGAGGAGGAUGAAGAUGAUGAUGGAGGAAUGGAUGGGGAUAAGAGUAUUACGGAUUAUUGGAGGGAGCAGCAGGACAAGCUGGAAAAGGAGAGGAAAGCCAUCAUGGAGGAUCACAGCCUGGUCGCCGAGGAGAAACAAAGGCUGCUUAGAGAGAAGGAGAAGAAGAUGAAUGAUCUUCGGAAGGAAAAGGAGGCUUCCGAGAUGCUGUCAGCCAAAGUUAAAGCCAUGGAGAGCAAGCUGCUGGUUGGAGGAAAGAACAUCGUGGACCACACCAAUGAGCAACAAAAGAUCCUGGAGCUGAAGAGACGGGAGAUAGCAGAACAGAAAAGGCAUGAACGGGAGAUGCAGCAGGAGAUGGACUGUCAUGAUGAAGAGACUCUUGAGUUGAAAGAGACGUACAGCUCACUGCAGCAGGAGGUGGACAUCAAAACCAAGAAACUUAAAAAGCUGUUUUCAAAGCUGCAGUCAGUGAAGGCGGAGAUUUCGGAUGCUCAGGAUGAGCAUGUUAGAUACAGACAGGAGCUGGAGCAGACGCAGAAUGAGCUGACCAGAGAACUGAAACUCAAACAUCUGAUCAUAGAGAACUUCAUCCCACUGGAAGAGAAAAACAAGAUUUUGACGAGGGCCAUUUUUGAUGAUGAAGACGAUAUCUGGAAGAUGACGCCCAUCACUCGGAUUCAGAAUGAUCAGCAGAUGAUGGAAAGGCCAGUUUCUGCAGUCGGGUACAGCAGGCCUCUGAGUCAGCACGCCCGCGUGGCCAUGUUGAUGCGACCUGAUGUCAGAUACAAGGCUGAAAAUAUCUUGCUGUUGGAGCUGGACCUGCCCACACGAACCACUAAAGACUACGAGGGGCCGGUUAUAGCGCCUACAGUCGCUGCAGCUCUGGAAGAUGCUCUGAGGGAGGAAGACGAGAUCCAGGUGGAUGCCUCCGGCUUCCAUUCCAGCCUGGGUUCAGGUCCCGGCCUGUGUGCUUCUGCAGCUGGGUUCUCCAAGAAACCAAAGUCUGGCCGCCCCAAAACUGGCAAGAAGGCGAGCACCCCCACAUCAGCUCACAGCCCGUUGUCUGGCUCAGGGUCCCCUCUGUACCCGCAGUCCCGCGGGCUUGUGCCCAAGUGAAACCGCUUUUCUGUGAAACCCUCCACCCGUCCCCGAUGCCGGUUGAUUGCAACAGUGUUUGCUAUUCUGGGGACCAAAGAUUCACAAGCUGCAAUGGGAAAGUUUGAAAGGAAGUUAAUGUAUCGAUCAACUUUCAUAUGCUUGUUGUGUUUAAUACAACGAAUGCAAAACUAAACAAAGAUGGCAAUUGGAGGUUUUAAGUGCGGUGAAACUAACUUGUUUUUGGAGUAGCAAACACAAAUGUCACAGAUUUUAAUGUCUUACAAUUCACCAAACAAUGCAAAUGAACUGGAUGUAGUAUGCACUUAAGCAAAAUGUUAUGUGUUUUCUGUUUAUUAAUGUGUGAAAAAGGUGCAGACAACAAAUGGUCCAGAUAUUGUGUCGAUGUGUUUUAUGUUGGUGCAAGAAUGACUAGUUGUAAUUUGGUUCUGGAUAUUUAUGCUGGUUUGUCCACGCAAGCACUGUAUUGUUAUCUAACUAGAAAGUAAGGGUGUUAGGUCAUUUGCCAGGUCCCGAAACAAUCUCUAAAACUAUUUGAAAGAGGCAAGGCUGUAUGAAGAGGUCGAGGGAUGUUCUUCAAUAGGCUGCUGCUGCAGUCAGCGCUGUAUCCAGUAGAUACUGUUUUUUCUUUGUUGGGAGAGGUGAGGUUAAAGGUUAUUGUGCUCCAAGGAUAUCAGGGUUCUAAGGUGCCUUAGAUUCUCAUUAAACAUGAAAGUCAACUGAACUGAGAGUCCCUUGACCUGAUCGCUGAAUAUUUCAAACGAAAAUCCUAGUUCGUGACAUGCCUCCUUUAAACUUUUUUGUUGUAUUUAGCGGGUUUCUAUUAAAUAUCCAGUUUUUACACAUUGUUUGAACAACAACAGACUUGGAUUCACAGUUUUCAGAAAAUAAGUCUUACAAGUAAUAAAUGGAUUGUCCCUCUUUGAACUUUCCCUUGAUGGUAAUACCAUUGCCUGCUGCUGCUACUGUAGGGUUCUAUUACCCCUUGUUACAAAACAUACAGUUUAUGUAUAUUAAGACAUGUAGGUAAACAUUUCUGCAUUAUUAUUUGCAGCUGUAUUAAAAGAAUAAAUGCAUUUCUUAGAGCAACAUGUAAAAGGCUAAUUUAUUACAGCAGCACAAUUUUAUAAGCAACUGAAGAUAUGUUUUAAUGGUCUUAUUUUCUAUGUUUAGAUUUGUAUCGUUUAUUUUUGAAUGUAUUAUUUAAAGUUCUGUACAAAUAGAUUUUUGCAUACAAGAUUUAAGUUUCAUUUUCACUAGCUUCGAGUAAUUUCUUCUGCAUCAUCAAAUAUUAAAACGCACAGCUCGUUAUAAUCUGUAUUCCAAAUCCUGAUGCUAAUAUAUAAUAUUUGGUCAUUAAUAUGGCCCUACAUUUAAAACAUUUAUAAUAAUAAAUUUUGAAUUUUAUAAUUGAAGUAUGUUAUAUUUAUACUUGACUCCAGAAUUUAAUGAUGUUGCUUAGACCAUUCGUUGUUGUUACAUAAAGGUAAAAUAUUGAUGAGCAUGAUUUAAACAAUUCAUCAAAAACAUUACUGGCUGAAUGAAACUGCAUGUUUGCACUUGCAGUCCAAUACUAAAGAAAUAAUUAAUGUUUGUCCAUUAUAUGCAGUAACGCAUGGGUUCAAAGACUAUGGCUUACAAGUAACCACUCACAAAACAUUUUUGCACUUUUUCUACCACAAUGUUUUUUGAAAAAUGUUUAGAACGCAAUGCCCAAAAUAGUUUGUAUUAAAGGAUGAUGUUUGGUGGACUAUUUAUUAAUUUAACCGUUUACUAAAAACCCAGAUAUUUUCUCCCUCGUGAUCUUGUAAUAUAAGACCUAGGCUACUAAAUCCUGGAGUGGUUUACAGAGUUACAGUUAUAAUCUAAUACGGAGUUUUAAAGCUGCAACCCAUAAUUUUUUGGGGUUAAAAAUUAACGAAAAUCAAGGUUUAAAUCUGUCUUACGUUACACUCAUUCACAACGUUAAGCUUUUAAUCAUUUAUUAGUUUGAUGUCAUCACACUUCGUAAAGUAAAUAAAGUAACCUGCAAUUUUAAAUUUUAAACAGAGACUGCGAUAGAGAGGCAGAAGUUAAGAAAUACAGCUAUAACAUUUGCAAUCAUUCAGUGAUAUAUAACACAUAUACCCCCCUCCCACACACAUAAAUACUGUUAAUUGCUAAAUGUAAUAUCAUAUCAUGUCUGUUUCAUAAUAUAAUGGUAAAACGAUUCAAUAUGUAAAAGUGAUGAAAAAUUAACCAUUCAGUUUUUCAAGUGUGCAAACUCAAACUUUAUUGAAUGAUUUAUUUCCUACAAGGACACAGUCUUCUGAAGCAAAACCUGGUUGGCAUGUAUUACAAAUGAGCAAAAGAAUUCGCUGUAAUUACGAUGAUAAUAUCCAAGAUUAAAGGGCGACUAAACCAUUGGUCUCAUCAAGGACAAAUAAUGAAAAGCAGUUGCACCCAAAACUCAAGUGUAGAAAUCCAGUCCAAGGGUUGCCAGAUCCACCUACAGUAUGCUCAGAGUGCCCCAACUAAAAGCAGAUUUUUCCCCCUAUUUUUGGUCAAACAAUAAAGGUAACAUUUUGGUCUUUUUCUGUCUGAAAAAGAAAAAAAUACUAAAAUAUCUUCCUAUGCAGGUUCAUGGACUUUAAGCAUAACGACUGAAAUUUUCGUAAUUGAAUUGAAAUAUGAAGCAUUUAGGUGAACAAUAGUGUUUGGCUCUCAAAGGAUUAAUAGCGAUUAAUCAAAUCCAGAAUGAAAGUUUGUGUUUACAUAAUAUUAGUCUGUGUACUGUGCAUGUGAAUUUUGUAUU